AUGGUGUUAAUGCAGAUAGUUAGAACAGAAGUGAAAGGUCCAAUGCAAAAUCAAUUGUUCUCAAAAGUUGAUUCAGUCGUACAGACAAAACCUGAUUUGGAAGAAUUUUGGAAAAUAGAAUCACUUGGCAUUUCCGAAGAACAAGAUGGAAUAAGUGACAAAAUUACACUGACAAAAUUCAAAGAAACUGUGAGAUAUGACAAUCGAAUGUAUCACGUUACAUUGCCGUGGAAAGAGACUGCACCAGAGUUACCAGACACCAGAGAUCUUGCAUUGGCUAGAUUAAGAUCAAAUGUUGCUAGAAUGAGAAAUAAACCAGAUAUACUAGACAAAAACAACAAUGUGAUUAAAGAACAACUCAGCAAAGGAAUGAGUGAACCAGUAGAAACUAAUUCGACGGGUGAUUUGGUGCAUUACAUUCCCAAUCAUGCCGUUAUCACAACACAGAAAUCUACAACUAAGUUGCGUGUGGUAUAUGAUGCUUCGGCAAAAACGAAAGCUGAAAAUAGAACUUUAAAUGAUAGUCUCUAUAGAGGUCCUGUAAUGCUGCAUGAUUUAUGUGGAUUACUCAUGCGUUUCAGACUCAAUAGGAUCGCUCUUGUUUCCGAUAUAGAGAAGGCGUUUCUACAGAUAGGAUUACAACCUAGCCAACGAGAUGUCACGAGAUUUCUUUGGAUUAAAAAUAUUAAACAGCCCGUUGUGUUUACUGAAAAUAUUCAAGAGUACAGAUUUUGCCGUGUACCAGUUGGCGUAAUAUCUAGUCCUUUUCUUUUAGGUGCAACAAUUGAGAGUCAUCUAGAAAGAUAUGAUAACAGCACUGCCGAAAAGAUCAAAGAUAAUAUUUACGUAGAUAACGUUAUUAUGGGCACAAAUACUUGGCCAGAAGCGUUUGAACUGUACACUGACAGCAAAAAGAUGUUUAAUGACGCAUCAAUGAAUUUAAGAGAAUGGGCAUCCAACAGUAAGGAACUUAUGGAAAUGAUACUAUCAAAGGUCAAGACAGAUGAUCAAGUAAUAAAGGUAUUAGGACACACUUGGAUUACAUCGAAUGAUACUCUUGCAUUGUGUGUGACAGAUAUCACCUGUGAAACCAGAAGAUUGACCAAAAGGAUUAUGUUAAAACAGAUUUCAUCUGUGUUUGAUCCGUUAGGAUUAUUGUGUCCAGUUGUGUUAAAGGGAAAAAUACUUUUGCAAUCAAUAUGGAAGAAGCAAAUAGGCUGGGAUGAUAGAUGA